AGGAUUUUGAUGAGCUUAGUGGCGAGAGGCCCCCGUUCCGCCAGGCGACAGAUGAGACCUUAACUUGCGGUUUGGAAUAUGAUCUGACAGGAAUUCUCGAAGAAGUUAGACGAUGGCUAUGGUGACACUCACCGGAUUAUCACCAUUGCAAGCUUCAUUCAAACUGCCUCCUUCUCUGGUUUUCGCUACUCGCAUUCCCAACCCCUUUGCGCGAGUGUCUAUGCGUGCCCAGACGAGGAACGACGUGAAAUCACCGCGUGUGCACACGGCGAGCGGAGACGAGGUAGUUCUGGAGAGUGAGGAGCAGAGGUUGAAGCUGGAUGCCGAUGCUAGGAACACCAUGGCUGCAGUAUCUGAACUGGAGCUGGGGGAGAGUAGUGAGGGUGAGCACCCUGGUGCUUGGAAGUGGGCUAUUAGGAAGCGAGUUUGGGAUUUGCUGGAGUCUGAGAAUUUAGCCCAGUUGCCUCGCCCCGUGCAUCAUCGUAUUCCUAAUUUUAUUGGAGCGGGUGCAGCUGCUGCGAAGCUCGCCAGCCUUCCUGCAUUUCAAACCGCUCAGUGUGUGAAGGUGAACCCGGACACACCUCAGAAGCAAGUUCGCCUCCUCACUCUUAAUACUAACAAGUUGCUGAUGACGCCACAACCCCGACUUCGGACCGGAUUCUUUUCUAUCCUACAAGCGUCGACUAUUCCAUACAUACCUGACGCGUGUACAAGCGCGGGCGUUGUCAAGUUUGGGAAGCCUGUACGCCUCGACGACAAGUUGAAAGUAGACCUAAUUGUUAUUGGCUCUGUUGCUGUGGAUCCUUCGACAGGUGCACGACUAGGGAAAGGAGAGGGGUUCGCGGAGCUAGAGUAUGGAAUAUUGCGAUGGAUGGGUGCUAUCGAUGAUUCAACUUUGGUAGUGACUACAGUGCACGACCGACAACUUGUGGACGACAUUCCUGUGGAGAAACUCCUGGUUCAUGACGUUCCAGUUGAUAUUAUUUGCACACCAACAAAAAUCAUUCAUACAAAUACCAGGAUUCCCAAACCUCAAGGCAUUUACUGGGAGAAGCUAUCUCGGCAAAAGCUUGAACAAAUCCGAAUUUUACGAGACUUGAAAAAGAGAAUAGAGAAGGAGACGGGCGAAGCUCUUCCAUGUGGUCCCGACGAAAAGCCUCCCCCAUUAGCCGUCCGAGGCAAGAAGUCUCAACAAGCGAAGGGGAAGUUUCGAAAUAGAGCCACACCAGCUUCCAAACAAACCAUCUUCGUGUGGAAUAUUGCCCCCUCAACCACGAAACAGGAGUUGCAAGCCCACGUUGAGCAGUUGGGAGGUGAAGUGCAAACAGUUCGCACGGCAUUGAAGCCAGGAAAUAACAGGCAGCUAGCAUGGAUAGUGGUGAAAGACGAUGCAAACUUUGAGAAGGUGAUUGAAGUCUUGGAUCAAAGCUCUCUUGGUGGUAUGACUCUGGGCGCAAAAGCUGACGAACCCAGGCCUACCUGAGAUACGAGCUUUCUCCGACCCAAGCGCCUUGUAGUGGUGGUGAAGCAUGCACGAGGAUGUGGAGAGAGUUGAGCAUUACAUUCUUUGUUUCCAGCCUUAGGUCCUCUCUGUCUCAGACAUUCCUUUUUCUCCUCCCUUGAAAAUUUCCAUCCAUAAAGAUAAAUCGAUGUGAAAAAAUUUGAAUGCGGAAAUUGUUGUGGCUCUCUACAAGCAAUUCUCACUUGGGUUGCAUAUUCCAGUUGGGCGUUGUUUAUUGGUAACACGGAUGCCUUUCUUGAUUU